AUGGCACCAAGCUCCCAGAGAAAUGCAUGUCUCUCAUGUCGCCAGAGAAAGCUCAAGUGCGAUCGGCAACAGCCAUGCGCGAAUUGCGUUGCUCGGUCGGUUGAGUGUACCGAGCAAGACUUGCCUCCUAGCCGAGCAGUCAAGAGACCGUUGCCUCAAGACUCAGACUCUUCAACACUGUCAAGCAUACUCUCGAGGUUAGACCAGAUUAAGAAUUACCUCAGCCCCAGCAAGAGAAGCAAGAAUGUCUCUAUAUCGACCCCGAUCGGCGACCAGCUGAAUGCCAUUCGCUUCAACGUGCCCGGCGUCUCGCAAAACCAAGACCCCGCUUCCAAUGACGUUGUUGAGUCGAUGCCUCCUGAGGAUCAAAUGCAAGCCACCAAGUACUCGGUCAAUGACAGCUUCUUGUAUCGCGCGCUCACGCACGAGCUUAGUAUAUCCAUCUCAGCAGAUUACAGAUGUCAGAAAUUGAUCGAACCUCGCCACAUACAACUCCCUCCCAAGUGGGAGACAAUGCGACUGUUUCAAGUAUACUUUAAAUACUUGGGCCACAUCCAGAGCAUCAUCUACCGGCCUCACGCCGACACUCUCAUAAAUAAUGCAUAUGACCAGAUCGUCAACGUCUCUGCAACGACUGCACCUCGAGGACUCGCCUUGAUAUUAUCCGUCAUAGCACUGGCGGCAAUCCUCGAGCCCAUAGAUGGGAAUUCGGCCACAGCUAUUCCGACACUCAAGGAAAGGCUAGCGCUAUUCGCCGCCUACAUUCGAAUGGCGAUGGACUGCCUGGAGCAGCAUCGUCGACGAGCAGAUCACACUCUCGAAAACGUCCAGGCCUUGAUCCUUCUUGGCUUUGGCAUCCAUCAUACCGAGACCUUCUCUCCUCGGUAUCGCGUCUUGAUCGCUGAAGCUAUCGCGGUUUCUCAUAGCCUUGGGCUCCAUGUUGUUGACCGAGUAUCUGCAAGACCGGGCCAGUCCAGGGUUGAUGCGGACCCAAUAACACAAGAGAUAAAGAGAAGGGUUUGGUGGUAUCUUGUAGCAACUGAUUGGGCAUCUUCAAAGGCAGAAGGAACAUCUGGAGCUACCUACCUCAUCCAACCAAACCUCAUCAGUACCAACCUUCCAAGACAUAUUAACGAUGCCGACCUCAGUAGCUCUGAUAAAAAAGAGAGGCCUCUCUCAGAGCCAACCACUAUGUCCUAUAAUCUCCAACGCAUCAAAGUCGCCGAGGUAGUUCGCUGCAUUUCCGAUCUGAUGCCACAUGAUCCACGUGAAGCAUCAUGCGAGCUGAUACUUUCGCUCGAUGCAAAGCUUGAGUCGCUACUACACGAACUCCCGGAAUUCUUCAAGAUGGACAGGUCAGAAUCUGAGGAGACCAAACAGAUUGACCAAAAGUACCCACAUACCCCAAUGCAGCGACUCUUGAUCAACCUCCUUAUCAACAUUUUCCGCUGCGGACUACAUUUUCCGUAUCUUCCUGGACGUCUCAAUAAGGCUCUGCACGCUUUCUCACGACAGGCUGGAUUGAAAGCUGCUCGAGCUGUCCUGUCUUCACAGCGAGGCAUGAGCAUGACAGAUUUGCUGUACUCUGCAGAUUUCAUGAAAAUCCAGGGCACCAUCUUCCACAUGUUCAUCGGGGCACUUGUUCUGACUACGGAUAUAUGCUGCAAUCGGGAUGGCCAGACGCAGUUAACCGAGCUGAUGGAGGUUCUGAAGAAGCUGGACAAUGUCAAAGAUCAUUCCAAGAUGGCUGCCAAGUUACUAGAUAUCUUGACGCAGCUGCUAGUAUCGUAUGGAGUCUGGUCACCACCUACAACGAUCUCGACAUAUACUGAAGAUGCUACGCCUAUCGACUUCGGUUUAUCGGGAUCUAAGGCCCAAGAGCUCGAUCAGCUCGAUAUGCCCUUGCCUUUUGAUGAGUUGUGGGAGACAUACAUUGGGAACCCUGGUGGCUUGGACAUGCUAGAUAUUUUGGAAGCCUAAGAUAAGUGAACUCGACACGAAUCUGGAAGAUAACAACAAAUACGUUUACUACAUAGUAGGACUCUGCUUGUCAAAGUCCAUCUCUAUGUUCAAUAAAUCUACAGUACAUAGGUGCUGUCCAGCGCCGAGCUGCCUUGCCCCAA